AUGAAGGUGUGUGAGACUUUUGGUAGUUCAUGUACCCACAGCAUGAUCUCAGAUACAAACUCCAUCGAAAGAGGUGGUCUGCACUACAGAGGUGAUGAGUUCACUAACGACUCAUUGACGAAAACGAGCGCAUCUGUAGUUAAAUGCUUAAUGGGGGCUAUUACAAAGAGCCGGGGGACCAUAUCUUCCCCAGUCAUCUCAUGUCCCUUCACUAAGGGAAUUUCGGAAAAUAUACGCGCCACGGAGCAGGAUAGCAUUGAAGAUUCCCCACGUAAUGAUCAUCCUCAGCUAAGUACAGUGACCGCUCUCAUGAGCGAUGAGGACUAUUCGGAUGUCAUGCCUGUAAAUUCCUCUGAAAGCUCGUCAAGCAAGCUUUGCACGUCGAAUAUGUUUAUCCCUCAUCCUGGGGAGGUGGAGUUUCUGCCUUAUGAUGAAACGGUCGCACUCGACGAUGCGACUUUCUCAGUUUGCGCUUCUUUAUCCGACGGUAGCAUUGUGUUCGAUUCUACAAACACUUCAUUGGUGUCUUCAAAAAGGAAUCAAUGCAUAGCUAGAGACAUAAGCACACCUAAGACCUCCAUGUUCUUAGUGGAGGAAGUCGCGAAAAGCUUCGAGACAUCUCUCAAUUGCAGCGACGACGCUUCUCAUAAAGCCAACCGCGAAUCGCUUAAUUUCACUUGCCGAAGUAAAAAUCCCCCUCAGAAGUGUUUUCAAAUGCCGUAUUAUGAUAACUCUGUUACUCAUUCUACGGAUGAAAAUACUUGCAAGCUUAGAGAUACCUUUAAGGCCACUAUUUCGUCUUCGAAUGGGGAUAAUGUAAUUAAGAACACACAGCACACCAAAUCGGCAGACUGUUGUGUGGGUUGUGUUGCGAAUGAGCAGGAAGAUGAGCGUGAGUCAAUCGUAUCGAUUUGCGUUUCCGCACCAACGACUGUCAACCAGAGUCUUUCCACCAUUCAAGUAUCCGAUAUGGGUAUGACAAAGCCUAUUAAGCGAUAUACCUCUGGUGAGGCCAAACAAGGAACUCGGCGCUGGAUUUCAGCCCAAAAAACCGCAUUAGGGCAGCUGAGAGCUGAGAUGGCCAAAGACCAAAUUAAAUCAUCCCCACCGUUUCCUUUUGACGUCGUCAAACCGGGUCAUUACCAACAGAGGGGAAGUAAAAAAGAUGGGAGCGUUUUGAGACAAACGAAUGGAAUGCCCCACUUCAAGGGCGUAGAGGAUCAGUAUGAAACCCCCCCUAAAAAAAAGAAUUACGAAGAAGGCUUGACUCUCCCACAUUCAAUUAAUUUGAGCAAUGAUCGGACUACGCCUUCACCGCUGAAAGACGUCGCGACGGGCGCACUGCAGGCCUCUCCCUACAACUUCAGCAGUAUCAGCCACAUCAGCAUGGAUGGUGCUAUUCACGAUGCGCUCUCAAUGUUUGUCGACUCUCCUGAUCACUUUCUCAAGGAUAAUGCCAUACUUCAUGAAGAGGUUAAGGGGGGGAAGCUUUUCUCGUGGGGUAAACCUCCUGGGGAGUUGCCAAAUACCACUCUUAAUUCCGAAUCCUGGCGUCUUAAUAGCGAUGGUGGUAAUUGGAAGGGGGUAGAGGGUUCGCCGAAAAGGGCUUCCCACGUAAACAUUUCAUCACGCUCGGCUCAGCUGCCGUGCACUACCAACACCUCCUCGAGGGAGGUGCAGCCGUCUCGCCGCGAAAAACUACAACGAGAGCAAUACCAAAGGAAGAUGGCGGAAUGUACCUUUCAUCCAAUCAUAUCUCCAGGCUCGCAGGCCAUCAUAAAAGUCUCGGCGUCUGCCGCGCAGCGGUCGACGCCCCAACUCACCUCCGCCUUGGACGAAGAGAAUGGGCCGCUAUCGUCCGUGUAUGAGCGUCUCUAUCCCGUUCAUCUUUUAGCUGAAGCCGCAAGUCGGCGCCAAAGUGAAGAGGAAGCCACACAUCGCCAGGAAAUUGAAAAGGAGCUUUUUCUACUUCGCCAGAGGUGCGGUGCGUCUUAUAACCCCAAACCGCAUCCUUACUCCACGUCUAGUCCUUACUCCAAUCGACAGGGACGAUUUGAGGACUUUGCUGGAUUUCUUAGUAAUAUUUUUCAUAGUCGUUUGGGGUUGUUGCCGCCUCGUAACUUGUUUGCGCCUGAUAAUAACCACGUGGUAUUUGUGGAGAGUGAUUACCGCUCUCCGAUGGCGAUUGCCAUCGAGGAAGAAGAAGCCAGCCGAAGUCAGUGUGGUAAAAACCUGUCAGGGACGACAAAGAAACUUAAUUUUAACUCUUCAACCUUUUCAUCCUUUUUAAGUGGUAAAUAUUCUUCCAUGGAGGACACGGUUUGCCAACAGCAUCAUUCUUGUGAUAGUACUGCCGAACGCUUUUCGGAGUUUCUGGAUCGCCAAAACAUGCACCAUGUACGCCAUAAGCGUACCGUGAGUAUGUUGGAGAAAGAAAUAACUCCACAUUUCACACCACAAACUAAUCUUAAGAGUUCGAAGUUGAUGGCGGAUAUGAUUAAUCGAUCUUCUCUUCCGAAUUCAUCUGGAAUGGAUAAAUUGGAAUGGAUUAAACGUUGCCAGGCGAAUCACAUCCCGGUGGGCAGCGUGUUGGUUUCGAAAUCCACCGUCUUGUGUGUGGAUCCGUGCUCCUUUUCCCCGCGAUUAUCACCUGCAGUGAAUGCCGGGAAAUGUCAGGAGCGGAGUCGUCAAAACGAGUCCUCUGUGAAUCCGCAGGCCACUUUUCAAAGGCUUUAUGAGUCUCACCAUCUGCAGCUUCAGGCCCGGGCGGCUGCUCGGAAACGCGCGGAGGAGGCAAUCAUCGCUCAAUUCCCGUUUAAGCCGGCCCUCAAUACUCACAAAAACGCUCGAGUAAGCUCGUUAUUGAAGCCUAAUGGCUAUAAACAAUAUCACGAGUAUUUAAAAGAAAGACAGAAGGUCCAACUCAGGCUGAAGGAGGAAAUGGAGGCUAAAGAAAGAGACCGAGAGCUUGGUCCAUGCACUUUUAAGCCACAGGUCAACAAGAAGCCAGCGUAUCUUUCCAAGAUGGUGUCAAGCUUCCGUCUUGUGCGACAGCUUGAAUUAGACUUUUAG